AUGGCUCGUUCGUCCCCUUACAUGGCUCGUUCGUCCCCUUACAUGGCUCGUUCGUCCCCUUACAUGGCUCGUUCGUCCCCUUACAUGGCUCGUUCGUCCCCUUACAUGGCUCGUUCGUCCCCUUACAUGGCUCGUUCGUCCCCUUACAUGGCUCGUUCGUCCCCUUACAUGGCUCGUUCGUCCCCUUACAUGGCUCGUUCGUCCCCUUACAUGGCUCGUUCGUCCCCUUACAUGGCUCGUUCGUCCCCUUACAUGGCUCGUUCGUCCCCUUACAUGGCUCGUUCGUCCCCUUACAUGGCUCGUUCGUCCCCUUACAUGGCUCGUUCGUCCCCUUACAUGGCUCGUUCGUCCCCUUACAUGGCUCGUUCGUCCCCUUACAUGGCUCGUUCGUCCCCUUACAUGGCUCGUUCGUCCCCUUACAUGGCUCGUUCGUCCCCUUACAUGGCUCGUUCGUCCCCUUACAUGGCUCGUUCGUCCCCUUACAUGGCUCGUUCGUCCCCUUACAUGGCUCGUUCGUCCCCUUACAUGGCUCGUUCGUCCCCUUACAUGGCUCGUUCGUCCCCUUACAUGGCUCGUUCGUCCCCUUACAUGGCUCGUUCGUCCCCUUACAUGGCUCGUUCGUCCCCUUACAUGGCUCGUUCGUCCCCUUACAUGGCUCGUUCGUCCCCUUACAUGGCUCGUUCGUCCCCUUACAUGGCUCGUUCGUCCCCUUACAUGGCUCGUUCGUCCCCUUACAUGGCUCGUUCGUCCCCUUACAUGGCUCGUUCGUCCCCUUACAUGGCUCGUUCGUCCCCUUACAUGGCUCGUUCGUCCCCUUACAUGGCUCGUUCGUCCCCUUACAUGGCUCGUUCGUCCCCUUACAUGGCUCGUUCGUCCCCUUACAUGGCUCGUUCGUCCCCUUACAUGGCUCGUUCGUCCCCUUACAUGGCUCGUUCGUCCCCUUACAUGGCUCGUUCGUCCCCUUACAUGGCUCGUUCGUCCCCUUACAUGGCUCGUUCGUCCCCUUACAUGGCUCGUUCGUCCCCUUACAUGGCUCGUUCGUCCCCUUACAUGGCUCGUUCGUCCCCUUACAUGGCUCGUUCGUCCCCUUACAUGGCUCGUUCGUCCCCUUACAUGGCUCGUUCGUCCCCUUACAUGGCUCGUUCGUCCCCUUACAUGGCUCGUUCGUCCCCUUACAUGGCUCGUUCGUCCCCUUACAUGGCUCGUUCGUCCCCUUACAUGGCUCGUUCGUCCCCUUACAUGGCUCGUUCGUCCCCUUACAUGGCUCGUUCGUCCCCUUACAUGGCUCGUUCGUCCCCUUACAUGGCUCGUUCGUCCCCUUACAUGGCUCGUUCGUCCCUUACAUGGCUCGUUCGUCCCCUUACAUGGCUCGUUCGUCCCCUUACAUGGCUCGUUCGUCCCCUUACAUGGCUCGUUCGUCCCCUUACAUGGCUCGUUCGUCCCCUUACAUGGCUCGUUCGUCCCCUUACAUGGCUCGUUCGUCCCCUUACAUGGCUCGUUCGUCCCCUUACAUGGCUCGUUCGUCCCCUUACAUGGCUCGUUCGUCCCCUUACAUGGCUCGUUCGUCCCCUUACAUGGCUCGUUCGUCCCCUUACAUGGCUCGUUCGUCCCCUUACAUGGCUCGUUCGUCCCCUUACAUGGCUCGUUCGUCCCCUUACAUGGCUCGUCGUCCCCCUUACAUGGCUCGUUCGUCCCCUUACAUGGCUCGUUCGUCCCCUUACAUGGCUCGUUCGUCCCCUUACAUGGCUCGUUCGUCCCCUUACAUGGCUCGUUCGUCCCCUUACAUGGCUCGUUCGUCCCAUUACAUGGCUCGUUCGUCCCUUACAUGGCUCGUUCGUCCCCUUACAUGGCUCGUUCGUCCCCUUACAUGGCUCGUUCGUCCCCUUACAUGGCUCGUUCGUCCCCUUACAUGGCUCGUUCGUCCCCUUACAUGGCUCGUUCGUCCCCCUUACAUGGCUCGUUCGUCCCUUACAUGGCUCGUUCGUCCCCUUACAUGGCUCGGUCGUCCCUUACAUGGCUCGUUCGUCCCCUUACAUGGCUCUUUCGUCCCCUUACAUGGCUCGUUCGUCCCCUUACAUGGCUCGUCGUCCCCCUUACAUGGCUCGUUCGUCCCCUUACAUGGCUCGUUCGUCCCCUUACAUGGCUCGUUCGUCCCCUUACAUGGCUCGUUCGUCCCCUUACAUGGCUCGUUCGUCCCCUUACAUGGCUCGUCCCCUUACAUGGCUCGUUCGUCCCCUUACAUGGCUCGUCGUCCCCUUACAUGGCUCGUUCGUCCCCUUACAUGGCUCGUUCGUCCCCUUACAUGGCUCGUUCGUCCCUUACAUGGCUCGUUCGUCCCCUUACAUGGCUCGUUCGUCCCCUUACAUGGCUCGUUCGUCCCCUUACAUGGCUCGUUCGUCCCUUACAUGGCUCGUUCGUCCCCUUACAUGGCUCGUUCGUCCCCUUACAUGGCUCGUUCGUCCCCUUACAUGGCUCGUUCGUCCCCUUACAUGGCUCGUUCGUCCCCUUACAUGGCUCGUUCGUCCCCUUACAUGGCUCGUUCGUCCCCUUACAUGGCUCGUUCGUCCCCUUACAUGGCUCGUUCGUCCCCUUACAUGGCUCGUUCGUCCCUUACAUGGCUCGUUCGUCCCCUUACAUGGCUCGUUCGUCCCCUUACAUGGCUCGUUCGUCCCCUUACAUGGCUCGUUCGUCCCCUUACAUGGCUCGUUCGUCCCCUUACAUGGCUCGUUCGUCCCCUUACAUGGCUCGUUCGUCCCCUUACAUGGCUCGUUCGUCCCCUUACAUGGCUCGUUCGUCCCUUACAUGGCUCGUUCGUCCCCUUACAUGGCUCGUUCGUCCCCUUACAUGGCUCGUUCGUCCCCUUACAUGGCUCGUUCGUCCCCUUACAUGGCUCGUUCGUCCCCUUACAUGGCUCGUUCGUCCCCUUACAUGGCUCGUUCGUCCCCUUACAUGGCUCGUUCGUCCCCUUACAUGGCUCGUUCGUCCCCUUACAUGGCUCGUUCGUCCCCUUACAUGGCUCGUUCGUCCCCUUACAUGGCUCGUUCGUCCCCUUACAUGGCUCGUUCGUCCCCUUACAUGGCUCGUUCGUCCCCUUACAUGGCUCGUUCGUCCCUUACAUGGCUCGUUCGUCCCCUUACAUGGCUCGUUCGUCCCCUUACAUGGCUCGUUCGUCCCCUUACAUGGCUCGUUCGUCCCCUUACAUGGCUCGUUCGUCCCCUUACAUGGCUCGUUCGUCCCCUUACAUGGCUCGUUCGUCCCCUUACAUGGCUCGUUCGUCCCCUACAUGGCUCGUUCGUCCCCUUACAUGGCUCGUUCGUCCCCUUACAUGGCUCGUUCGUCCCCUUACAUGGCUCGUUCGUCCCCUUACAUGGCUCGUUCGUCCCCUUACAUGGCUCGUUCGUCCCCUUACAUGGCUCGUUCGUCCCCUUACAUGGCUCGUUCGUCCCCUUACAUGGCUCGUUCGUCCCCUUACAUGGCUCGUUCGUCCCCUUACAUGGCUCGUUCGUCCCCUUACAUGGCUCGUUCGUCCCCUUACAUGGCUCGUUCGUCCCCUUACAUGGCUCGUUCGUCCCCUUACAUGGCUCGUUCGUCCCCUUACAUGGCUCGUUCGUCCCCUUACAUGGCUCGUUCGUCCCCUUACAUGGCUCGUUCGUCCCCUUACAUGGCUCGUUCGUCCCCUUACAUGGCUCGUUCGUCCCCUUACAUGGCUCGUUCGUCCCCUUACAUGGCUCGUUCGUCCCCUUACAUGGCUCGUUCGUCCCCUUACAUGGCUCGUUCGUCCCUUACAUGGCUCGUUCGUCCCCUUACAUGGCUCGUUCGUCCCCUUACAUGGCUCGUUCGUCCCCUUACAUGGCUCGUUCGUCCCCUUACAUGGCUCGUUCGUCCCCUUACAUGGCUCGUUCGUCCCCUUACAUGGCUCGUUCGUCCCCUUACAUGGCUCGUUCGUCCCCUUACAUGGCUCGUUCGUCCCCUUACAUGGCUCGUUCGUCCCCUUACAUGGCUCGUUCGUCCCCUUACAUGGCUCGUUCGUCCCCUUACAUGGCUCGUUCGUCCCCUUACAUGGCUCGUUCGUCCCCUUACAUGGCUCGUUCGUCCCCUUACAUGGCUCGUUCGUCCCCUUACAUGGCUCGUUCGUCCCCUUACAUGGCUCGUUCGUCCCCUUACAUGGCUCGUUCGUCCCCUUACAUGGCUCGUUCGUCCCCUUACAUGGCUCGUUCGUCCCCUUACAUGGCUCGUUCGUCCCCUUACAUGGCUCGUUCGUCCCCUUACAUGGCUCGUUCGUCCCCUUACAUGGCUCGUUCGUCCCCUUACAUGGCUCGUUCGUCCCCUUACAUGGCUCGUUCGUCCCCUUACAUGGCUCGUUCGUCCCCUUACAUGGCUCGUUCGUCCCCUUACAUGGCUCGUUCGUCCCCUUACAUGGCUCGUUCGUCCCCUUACAUGGCUCGUUCGUCCCCUUACAUGGCUCGUUCGUCCCCUUACAUGGCUCGUUCGUCCCCUUACAUGGCUCGUUCGUCCCCUUACAUGGCUCGUUCGUCCCCUUACAUGGCUCGUUCGUCCCCUUACAUGGCUCGUUCGUCCCCUUACAUGGCUCGUUCGUCCCCUUACAUGGCUCGUUCGUCCCCUUACAUGGCUCGUUCGUCCCCUUACAUGGCUCGUUCGUCCCCUUACAUGGCUCGUUCGUCCCCUUACAUGGCUCGUUCGUCCCCUUACAUGGCUCGUUCGUCCCCUUACAUGGCUCGUUCGUCCCCUUACAUGGCUCGUUCGUCCCCUUACAUGGCUCGUUCGUCCCCUUACAUGGCUCGUUCGUCCCCUUACAUGGCUCGUUCGUCCCCUUACAUGGCUCGUUCGUCCCCUUACAUGGCUCGUUCGUCCCCUUACAUGGCUCGUUCGUCCCCUUACAUGGCUCGUUCGUCCCCUUACAUGGCUCGUUCGUCCCCUUACAUGGCUCGUUCGUCCCCUUACAUGGCUCGUUCGUCCCCUUACAUGGCUCGUUCGUCCCCCUUACAUGGCUCGUUCGUCCCCUUACAUGGCUCGUUCGUCCCCUUACAUGGCUCGUUCGUCCCCUUACAUGGCUCGUUCGUCCCCUUACAUGGCUCGUUCGUCCCUUACAUGGCUCGUUCGUCCCCUUACAUGGCUCGUUCGUCCCCUUACAUGGCUCGUUCGUCCCCUACAUGGCUCGUUCGUCCCCUUACAUGGCUCGUUCGUCCCCUUACAUGGCUCGUUCGUCCCCUUACAUGGCUCGUUCGUCCCCUUACAUGGCUCGUUCGUCCCCUUACAUGGCUCGUUCGUCCCCUUACAUGGCUCGUUCGUCCCCUUACAUGGCUCGUUCGUCCCCUUACAUGGCUCGUUCGUCCCCUUACAUGGCUCGUUCGUCCCCUUACAUGGCUCGUUCGUCCCCUUACAUGGCUCGUUCGUCCCCUUACAUGGCUCGUUCGUCCCCUUACAUGGCUCGUUCGUCCCCUUACAUGGCUCGUUCGUCCCCUUACAUGGCUCGUUCGUCCCCUUACAUGGCUCGUUCGUCCCCUUACAUGGCUCGUUCGUCCCCUUACAUGGCUCGUUCGUCCCCUUACAUGGCUCGUUCGUCCCCUUACAUGGCUCGUUCGUCCCCUUACAUGGCUCGUUCGUCCCCUUACAUGGCUCGUUCGUCCCCUUACAUGGCUCGUUCGUCCCCUUACAUGGCUCGUUCGUCCCCUUACAUGGCUCGUUCGUCCCCUUACAUGGCUCGUUCGUCCCCUUACAAUGGCUCGUUCGUCCCCUUACAUGGCUCGUUCGUCCCCUUACAUGGCUCGUUCGUCCCCUUACAUGGCUCGUUCGUCCCCUUACAUGGCUCGUUCGUCCCCUUACAUGGCUCGUUCGUCCCCUUACAUGGCUCGUUCGUCCCCUUACAUGGCUCGUUCGUCCCCUUACAUGGCUCGUUCGUCCCCUUACAUGGCUCGUUCGUCCCCUUACAUGGCUCGUUCGUCCCCUUACAUGGCUCGUUCGUCCCCUUACAUGGCUCGUUCGUCCCCUUACAUGGCUCGUUCGUCCCCUUACAUGGCUCGUUCGUCCCCUUACAUGGCUCGUUCGUCCCCUUACAUGGCUCGUUCGUCCCCUUACAUGGCUCGUUCGUCCCCUUACAUGGCUCGUUCGUCCCCUUACAUGGCUCGUUCGUCCCCUUACAUGGCUCGUUCGUCCCCUUACAUGGCUCGUUCGUCCCCUUACAUGGCUCGUUCGUCCCCUUACAUGGCUCGUUCGUCCCCUUACAUGGCUCGUUCGUCCCCUUACAUGGCUCGUUCGUCCCCUUACAUGGCUCGUUCGUCCCCUUACAUGGCUCGUUCGUCCCCUUACAUGGCUCGUUCGUCCCCUUACAUGGCUCGUUCGUCCCCUUACAUGGCUCGUUCGUCCCCUUACAUGGCUCGUUCGUCCCUUACAUGGCUCGUUCGUCCCCUUACAUGGCUCGUUCGUCCCCUUACAUGGCUCGUUCGUCCCCUUACAUGGCUCGUUCGUCCCUUACAUGGCUCGUUCGUCCCCUUACAUGGCUCGUUCGUCCCUUACAUGGCUCGUUCGUCCCCUUACAUGGCUCGUUCGUCCCCUUACAUGGCUCGUUCGUCCCCUUACAUGGCUCGUUCGUCCCCUUACAUGGCUCGUUCGUCCCCUUACAUGGCUCGUUCGUCCCCUUACAUGGCUCGUUCGUCCCCUUACAUGGCUCGUUCGUCCCCUUACAUGGCUCGUUCGUCCCCUUACAUGGCUCGUUCGUCCCCUUACAUGGCUCGUUCGUCCCCUUACAUGGCUCGUUCGUCCCCUUACAUGGCUCGUUCGUCCCCUUACAUGGCUCGUUCGUCCCCUUACAUGGCUCGUUCGUCCCCUUACAUGGCUCGUUCGUCCCCUUACAUGGCUCGUUCGUCCCCUUACAUGGCUCGUUCGUCCCUUACAUGGCUCGUUCGUCCCCUUACAUGGCUCGUUCGUCCCCUUACAUGGCUCGUUCGUCCCCUUACAUGGCUCGUUCGUCCCCUUACAUGGCUCGUUCGUCCCCUUACAUGGCUCGUUCGUCCCCUUACAUGGCUCGUUCGUCCCCUUACAUGGCUCGUUCGUCCCCUUACAUGGCUCGUUCGUCCCCUUACAUGGCUCGUUCGUCCCCUUACAUGGCUCGUUCGUCCCCUUACAUGGCUCGUUCGUCCCCUUACAUGGCUCGUUCGUCCCCUUACAUGGCUCGUUCGUCCCUUACAUGGCUCGUUCGUCCCCUUACAUGGCUCGUUCGUCCCCUUACAUGGCUCGUUCGUCCCCUUACAUGGCUCGUUCGUCCCCUUACAUGGCUCGUUCGUCCCCUUACAUGGCUCGUUCGUCCCUUACAUGGCUCGUUCGUCCCCUUACAUGGCUCGUUCGUCCCCUUACAUGGCUCGUUCGUCCCCUUACAUGGCUCGUUCGUCCCCUUACAUGGCUCGUUCGUCCCCUUACAUGGCUCGUUCGUCCCCUUACAUGGCUCGUUCGUCCCCUUACAUGGCUCGUUCGUCCCCUUACAUGGCUCGUUCGUCCCUUACAUGGCUCGUUCGUCCCCUUACAUGGCUCGUUCGUCCCCUUACAUGGCUCGUUCGUCCCCUUACAUGGCUCGUUCGUCCCCUUACAUGGCUCGUUCGUCCCCUUACAUGGCUCGUUCGUCCCCUUACAUGGCUCGUUCGUCCCCUUACAUGGCUCGUUCGUCCCCUUACAUGGCUCGUUCGUCCCCUUACAUGGCUCGUUCGUCCCCUUACAUGGCUCGUUCGUCCCCUUACAUGGCUCGUUCGUCCCCUUACAUGGCUCGUUCGUCCCCUUACAUGGCUCGUUCGUCCCUUACAUGGCUCGUUCGUCCCCUUACAUGGCUCGUUCGUCCCCUUACAUGGCUCGUUCGUCCCCUUACAUGGCUCGUUCGUCCCCUUACAUGGCUCGUUCGUCCCCUUACAUGGCUCGUUCGUCCCCUUACAUGGCUCGUUCGUCCCCUUACAUGGCUCGUUCGUCCCCUUACAUGGCUCGUUCGUCCCCUUACAUGGCUCGUUCGUCCCCUUACAUGGCUCGUUCGUCCCCUUACAUGGCUCGUUCGUCCCCUUACAUGGCUCGUUCGUCCCCUUACAUGGCUCGUUCGUCCCCUUACAUGGCUCGUUCGUCCCCUUACAUGGCUCGUUCGUCCCCUUACAUGGCUCGUUCGUCCCCUUACAUGGCUCGUUCGUCCCCUUACAUGGCUCGUUCGUCCCCUUACAUGGCUCGUUCGUCCCCUUACAUGGCUCGUUCGUCCCCUUACAUGGCUCGUUCGUCCCCUUACAUGGCUCGUUCGUCCCCUUACAUGGCUCGUUCGUCCCCUUACAUGGCUCGUUCGUCCCCUUACAUGGCUCGUUCGUCCCCUUACAUGGCUCGUUCGUCCCCUUACAUGGCUCGUUCGUCCCCUUACAUGGCUCGUUCGUCCCCUUACAUGGCUCGUUCGUCCCCUUACAUGGCUCGUUCGUCCCCUUACAUGGCUCGUUCGUCCCCUUACAUGGCUCGUUCGUCCCCUUACAUGGCUCGUUCGUCCCCUUACAUGGCUCGUUCGUCCCCUUACAUGGCUCGUUCGUCCCCUUACAUGGCUCGUCCCUUACAUGGCUCUUCGUCCCUUACAUGGCUCGUUCGUCCCCUUACAUGGCUCGUUCGUCCCCUUACAUGGCUCGUUCGUCCCCUUACAUGGCUCGUUCGUCCCCUUACAUGGCUCGUUCGUCCCCUUACAUGGCUCGUUCGUCCCCUUACAUGGCUCGUUCGUCCCCUUACAUGGCUCGUUCGUCCCCUUACAUGGCUCGUUCGUCCCCUUACAUGGCUCGUUCGUCCCCUUACAUGGCUCGUUCGUCCCCUUACAUGGCUCGUUCGUCCCCUUACAUGGCUCGUUCGUCCCCUUACAUGGCUCGUUCGUCCCCUUACAUGGCUCGUUCGUCCCCUUACAUGGCUCGUUCGUCCCCUUACAUGGCUCGUUCGUCCCCUUACAUGGCUCGUUCGUCCCCUUACAUGGCUCGUUCGUCCCCUUACAUGGCUCGUUCGUCCCCUUACAUGGCUCGUUCGUCCCCUUACAUGGCUCGUUCGUCCCCUUACAUGGCUCGUUCGUCCCCUUACAUGGCUCGUUCGUCCCCUUACAUGGCUCGUUCGUCCCCUUACAUGGCUCGUUCGUCCCCUUACAUGGCUCGUUCGUCCCCUUACAUGGCUCGUUCGUCCCCUUACAUGGCUCGUUCGUCCCCUUACAUGGCUCGUUCGUCCCCUUACAUGGCUCGUUCGUCCCCUUACAUGGCUCGUUCGUCCCCUUACAUGGCUCGUUCGUCCCCUUACAUGGCUCGUUCGUCCCCUUACAUGGCUCGUUCGUCCCCUUACAUGGCUCGUUCGUCCCCUUACAUGGCUCGUUCGUCCCCUUACAUGGCUCGUUCGUCCCCUUACAAGGCUCGUUCGUCCCCUUACAUGGCUCGUUCGUCCUCUUACAUGGCUCGUUCGUCCCCUUACAUGGCUCGUUCGUCCCCUUACAUGGCUCGUUCGUCCCCUUACAUGGCUCGUUCGUCCCUUACAUGGCUCGUUCGUCCCCUUACAUGGCUCGCUCGUCCCCUUACAUGGCUCGUUCGUCCCCUUACAUGGCUCGUUCGUCCCCUUACAUGGCUCGUUCGUCCCCUUACAUGGCUCGUUCGUCCCCUUACAUGGCUCGUUCGUCCCCUUACAUGGCUCGUUCGUCCCCUUACAUGGCUCGUUCGUCCUCUUACAUGGCUCGUUCGUCCCCUUACAUGGCUCGUUCGUCCCCUUACAUGGCUCGUUCGUCCCCUUACAUGGCUCGUUCGUCCCCUUACAAUGGCUCGUCGUCCCCUUACAUGGCUCGUUCGUCCCUCUUACAUGGCUCGUUCGUCCCCUUACAUGGCUUCGUUCGUCCCCUUACAUGGCUCGUUCGUCCCCUUACAUGGCUCGUUCGUCCCCUUACAUGGCUCGUUCGUCCCCUUACAUGGCUCGUUCGUCCCCUUACAUGGCUCGUUCGUCCCCUUACAUGGCUCGUUCGUCCCCUUACAUGGCUCGUUCGUCCCCUUACAUGGCUCGUCGUCCCCUUACAUGGCUCGUUCGUCCCCUUACAUGGCUCGUUCGUCCCCUUACAUGGCUCGUUCGUCCCCUUACAUGGCUCGUUCGUCCCCUUACAUGGCUCGUUCGUCCCCUUACAUGGCUCGUUCGUCCCCUUACAUGGCUCGUUCGUCCCCUUACAUGGCUCGUUCGUCCCCUUACAUGGCUCGUUCGUCCCCUUACAUGGCUCGUUCGUCCCCUUACAUGGCUCGUUCGUCCCCUUACAUGGCUCGUUCGUCCCCUUACAUGGCUCGUUCGUCCCCUUACAUGGCUCGUUCGUCCCCUUACAUGGCUCGUUCGUCCCCUUACAUGGCUCGUUCGUCCCCUUACAUGGCUCGUUCGUCCCCUUACAUGGCUCGUUCGUCCCCUUACAUGGCUCGUUCGUCCCCUUACAUGGCUCGUUCGUCCCCUUACAUGGCUCGUUCGUCCCCUUACAUGGCUCGUUCGUCCCCUUACAUGGCUCGUUCGUCCCCUUACAUGGCUCGUUCGUCCCCUUACAUGGCUCGUUCGUCCCCUUACAUGGCUCGUUCGUCCCCUUACAUGGCUCGUUCGUCCCCUACAUGGCUCGUUCGUCCCCUUACAUGGCUCGUUCGUCCCCUUACAUGGCUCGUUCGUCCCCUUACAUGGCUCGUUCGUCCCCUUACAUGGCUCGUUCGUCCCCUUACAUGGCUCGUUCGUCCCCUUACAUGGCUCGUUCGUCCCCUUACAUGGCUCGCUCGUCCCCUUACAUGGCUCGCUUCGUCCCCUUACAUGGCUCGUUCGUCCCCUUACAUGGCUCGUUCGUCCCCUUACAUGGCUCGUUCGUCCCCUUACAUGGCUCGUUCGUCCCCUUACAUGGCUCGUUCGUCCCCUUACAUGGCUCGUUCGUCCCCUUACAUGGCUCGUUCGUCCCCUUACAUGGCUCGUUCGUCCCCUUACAUGGCUCGUUCGUCCCCUUACAUGGCUCGUUCGUCCCCUUACAUGGCUCGUUCGUCCCCUUACAUGGCUCGUUCGUCCCCUUACAUGGCUCGUUCGUCCCCUUACAUGGCUCGUUCGUCCCCUUACAUGGCUCGUUCAGUGCUCAUGUCCAACAUGCUGAAUGGCUCCAUUCCUGACUCCAUCGGCAGCCUUUCGAAUCUUCGUAACUUGUAA